AUGGUGGGCCCCACAGCCUUGGACGUGCCCCCGACGAUGACGGUCAAGAUCUUCUCCGCUGGCGUGGCGGCCUGUGUGGCGGAUGCCAUCACCUUCCCGCUGGACACCGCCAAAGUCCGGCUCCAGAUCCAAGGUGAAUGCCAGACCUCCAGAGCCAUCAGGUAUAAAGGUGUCCUGGGAACAAUCACCACUCUGGCAAAAACAGAAGGGCCAGUGAAACUCUAUAGUGGGCUGCCUGCUGGUCUCCAGAGACAAAUAAGCUUUGCCUCUCUUCGGAUCGGCCUCUACGACACGGUCCAGGAGUUCUUCAGCACAGGAAAAGAAACAACACCUAGUUUAGGAAGCAAGAUCUCAGCUGGUCUGACGACUGGAGGGGUGGCAGUAUUCAUCGGGCAACCCACAGAGGUCGUGAAGGUCAGACUUCAAGCACAGAGCCAUCUGCACGGUCUCAAACCUCGCUACACCGGGACUUACAAUGCUUACAGAGUCAUAGCGACAACAGAAGGCCUGAUAGGCCUUUGGAAAGGAACUACUCCCAAUCUGACAAGAAAUGUCAUCAUCAAUUGUACAGAGCUGGUUACAUAUGACCUAAUGAAGGAAAGCCUUGUGAAAAACAAACUCCUGGCAGAUGACUUACCCUGCCACUUCGUGUCAGCCCUCAUCGCCGGAUUUUGCACAACGGUCCUAUCCUCGCCAGUGGAUGUGGUAAAAACCCGAUUCGUUAAUUCUCCACCAGGCCAGUACACGAGUGUGCCCAACUGUGCCAUGACAAUGUUCACCAAGGAAGGACCGCUGGCUUUUUUCAAAGGAUUUGUACCUUCCUUCUUGCGACUGGGAUCCUGGAACGUCAUCAUGUUUGUGUGCUUCGAACAGCUGAAGCGAGAACUGAUGAAGUCAGGACAGACCGUGGACUGUGCCACAUAA